AUGAUACGCCUAGGCAAACACUAUGUGGCCUGGGAAGUUCUUGCUUUAACAACAUCGGAAUGUGGAGCCUACUUCAAGUCCAUGCAGCUGGACCCAUCCUCGUGCAAAGAACGAGAGGGUACCAUGCUCGCUAUUAUGUUUGGUGUACCCGAGCAGCUGAUGGGCUUGCAUUCUGCAUGGCUUCAGCCACCGAGCAAGGUGCUCUACCAUCGAGAGGCGUCAACGCAGCGCAUGCCCGACCGUAAGGAUCGGGGUAUGGCACGUUGA